GUCUGCUCUAACGCUUGUUUUCUUUCAUUUUGGUCACAACUUUAGGGCAAACCCACUGUAAUUGCAUAGCAAUUAAUUUGGUAAGGGUCAUUCCGACCGGAAAGAGAUUAGAAUUUCGUGCUGCAGCGGCUUUCUGGGAACCUCACGAACAACUAAUUCCCGCGAUUUCCAGCGGGUGCAUCCGAGCUUAGCAGAAUAGAAAGUUAAUUUUCAACUGAAGACCCAUUGAAUCCAAAAAUGCAAGAUCCGCAGUCUCUGGAAUCCGAUAUGGCCGAAACAGAAAUGGUAAUCUCCGCUGGUGAUCACGUGGUGCUUGUUGCUGUGGACGCAAGCGACCAUUCGGUGUAUGCCUUAAAAUAUUACUUAAACCAUCUCCACCAGUCGAACCAUUUUGUCAUAUUCCACCACACGUUUGAACCACCUCAGGUGACAUAUGGGAUAGGAGCAGCCGGUGUAGCACAGGUCAGCUCACUCAAUAGUCGCCAAUGGCAAGAAAUGUUCAAUAAGGAAACUGAGGCUGUGAUGAAAUUACGCGAAGAGGUCAAGGCAACCCUGGCACACACACAUAAAGAAGUUCGCCACGCGUUCGAGUUUGAAAGUCACUGCGGCAACAAGCCAGGGGAGGGUAUAGUAAAGUCGGCGGAGGAGCACCACGUUGACCUUAUCGUUAUUGGCACCAGGGGCCACGGUACUUUGAGGCAGACCGUGCUUGGGAGCGUCAGCAACUACGUGCUCCACCACGUGGAAUGCCCGAUCACUGUUUGUCACUUGCCGAAGGAGAUGCGCCACAAACGCCACGAUAAACAUCAUCACAAGAAACACGGACAUUAGGUUAUACACCAGUCGAGAGUAAAACGUAUCAUAUUUUACUUAUACCUCAGUUUAUAUUCAUGUUAUAGAAGAAAAUGUAGAUGAACAAAAAACGAUGUAAAGGAAAAUGACAUGAUUCUCGCAUAGUAAAUAUCAUUUAGGAAAAAUUGCGAUUUGAAACUGUUCUAGAUUUUUUCGGGAUUCAUUUUUUCUGUCGAAUGCAUAUUUGGCUGAGUUGAUUCGACCGAUUUUAAGCCAGUUAUUGGCAAAAGAUAGGCACUAGUGUUGGCUCCGGUCAUCAACGCAUCAACUGCCAGAAACUAUAUGCCAUAUUAAAGUACAUGUAGUCUCAUAGACCUUCAUUUUGAUAUCCAUGCUGACGACAUGAUUCGAUGAAAUCAACUUUUUGACCCCUACUUCGGAAUCGUAACGCAUUUUGAGGGUACCCAUUUAUACGGUAGGUGCAAUUUUACACGAAGGAAAAGCUCAUUUUUGAAAUCAGCACCACAAUGUUACCCAAAAACAACUGUUCCCAUUGCCUUCUAAACUGACUUUCUAGCAACAUUUCAUAAACCAAAAGCUGGCUGGCCCUUUCAUUAGGGGUGACGCUAUAAUAAAUAAACUUUGCUUUUACUUAUAUUUUCAUGACUUGGCCCAUAGCCUUAUAGUCGAAAAACGUGUUUUUCAUUAUUCUUAAAAGCGGGUCAUAAUCGAAAAACAUUUCGCGCCACGAAAAUGCACGCCUAGCGUUUCAUCAUAGAAAUAUUCAUGACCAAAUUUCAUUACAAAUCUAAAAUGUUUAGCAAACGGCGUAGGUUUUCGAAAUAGGGGUUCUGAUAUGAUGGUUUACCAUGUCGCGUGAUAUCAACCGAAUUGAAAUGGAAGGUCAUUUUAUGAGGCAUCAUGAAAGUUCUGCGAUCCACUCGCUUUUCUACUGCGUGUGUUGUUUUAUUGAACAGAAAAGACAAUACGUAAU